AUGAUAUUAGGCUCCCAAGAACAUGUGGCUAUACCUUUUCAAAAGAGGCUGAGAGGAAUUCGCCUCUCAGCAUGCGCCCUUUUCUUCUUUGGCUACCUUUUUCCCCCCUCUCUUAUCGCGCUCCGAAUCUCUAUCUCCACUCUCACAGCGGGGUAUCUCAUUAUUAUUGCAUCUGAUGACAACAUCGGAGUAUACGAUGUAGCGAUAGACCGCUUCUUAUAUUCGGAUGGUUUCCAUGAUGCUUCUCCAUGGAAUAAUGAAAUAUUGACUGAGAAACCCAUAGAUCGAGUUCCGAUCCACACACAUCGUGAGAUCGUGGCAACCUUUCAGCUUUCAAUAUGGCCCGGGUCUAGCUCUCAGCUCCCCUUGCAUCUGCAUACCAGGUGA